AUGUUUUUGAAUUUACAAAAGAAUUUGUUGUCGACAGGCAGAAGGGCCUUCUCGACCACGGCCAAAAUGGCGACGAAACAGCAUGAGCCAAGGUUCAAGACUUUCAAGAUUUAUAGAUGGAAUCCAGACAAACCAACCGAAAAACCCCGUUUGCAAUCUUACAAAGUUGAUCUGGAUGACUGUGGUCCCAUGGUUCUAGACGCACUAUUGAAGAUCAAGAACGAGCAAGACAGUACGUUGACUUUGAGAAGAUCGUGCAGAGAAGGUAUCUGUGGUUCAUGUGCAAUGAACAUUGGAGGUAGAAACACUUUGGCAUGUAUCUGCAAAAUCGAUCAGGAUAACUCAAAAGAGUUGAAAGUGUAUCCCUUGCCACACAUGUACGUGGUCAAGGACUUGGUACCAGAUUUAACUCAUUUUUACAAACAGUACAAGUCGAUCCAGCCUUUCUUACAGAGAAAAACGUUCCCUGCUGAUGGGAAGGAGAAUCUGCAGUCUAUAGCGGACCGUAAGAAACUGGAUGGACUAUACGAGUGUAUCCUUUGUGCCUGUUGUUCAACCUCUUGUCCAUCGUACUGGUGGAACCAGGAAGAGUACCUAGGUCCUGCUGUCUUGAUGCAAGCAUACCGUUGGUUAAUCGACUCGAGAGAUCAAGCCUCGCACAAGAGAAAAGAGAUGCUACAAAACUCAAUGUCCCUGUACAGAUGCCACACUAUCAUGAACUGUACAAAGACAUGUCCAAAGGGCCUGAACCCUGGUAAAGCCAUCGCCGAGAUUAAAAAAUCUUUGGCAUUCGACUAA